UUUCAAUAUUGGUUUCUCGAAUUAUAGUUUUGCGUUACUGAUUCGAAAAGAAUACAGUCGUCGUACAUAAAUCUCUUCCCCAAUUCCACAACCUCCUUCUUCUGUACGCUCUUGAUCAAUAACCUUAAGCACAGAAUCAACAAUGGCCGCUGCUCCACUGGGCGGCUUCUUGGUGCCUUUAAAUGGCAAUUCGAAGGAAGAGAAGUGUUCAAUUUCAAAAAUUGUACUUUCACAUGACACCACUUACAUAGGCCGCGACAUCACUCCGGUUGCCGAUAAGCGUCUCAGCCGGAGACAUAUUGCGGUUACCAUCUCUGCUGAUGGCUCUGCUGAUAUUCUCGUCGAAGGAUCGAACCCGGUUGUCAUACAAUCCAAAGGUCAAAGAAAUAAGCUUUUGACUGGAGCAAAAUGGAAAAUUCGAAAUGGUGAUGUUAUAGAGCUAAUACCUGGGCAUUACCUUUUUAAGUAUGUAGCGGCUGAUAAUACUACGGAGGGAAGGAACCCAACUACUACUAGAGACAAAAGGCCUUUAGGUGAAGAAAGUAGUAAGGGCAAACAGCUUGCUCAAAGUAGGAAAAGGGUGCACAGAGUUCCUGAGGAAGAAGCACUAGCUGAAAAUUCACAUGAUGUUCUGCAGCGUGCUAAUCAAGAGCCCAACACUUUGAUUGAGGGAAUUAGGAAUUUUCGAAUUUCUAAGAAUAAGCUACCUUUAACUUUUAGGCUAUUGCAAGUGCAACAAUUGCCAGAAUGGGCAAACACUAAUGCUGUUUCUAUCAAUGAUGUGAUUAAGGGGAACGUGCUUAUGGCUGUCUUGUCAAAUUAUAUGGUUGACAUUGAUUGGCUACUCUCAGAAUGUCCGAUGCUUAAAAGAGUCCACCAUGUACUUGUCAUCCAUGGGGAAGGUGAUGGUACGCUUGCACAUAUGAAGAGAAAGAAGCCUCCUAACUGGAUUCUCCACAAGCCUCCGUUGCCCAUUUCAUAUGGAACACACCAUUCAAAAGCAAUGCUUCUUGUCUAUCCUCGAGGAGUACGCGUUAUUGUGCAUACUGCAAACUUGAUAUAUGUUGACUGGAACAACAAAACUCAGGGAUUGUGGAUGCAAGAUUUUCCAUGGAAAGAUCAAAACAAUGCUAGUAAGGGAUGUGCAUUUGAAAAUGACCUGGUUGAAUAUCUGAGUACAUUAAAGUGGCCCGAAUUCAAUGCUAAUUUACCGAGUGCCGGCAGCUUCAGUAUAAACCCCUCUUUCUUCAGAAAAUUUGAUUAUAGCUCCGCUGCGGUUAGGCUCAUUGCAUCUGUCCCCGGGUAUCACUCUGGCUCCCAUUUAAGUAAAUGGGGACAUAUGAAACUAAGAACUGUUCUCCAGGAGUGUACAUUUGAGAAUCAGUUUGAGAAAUCUAAUCUUAUCUACCAGUUUUCUUCACUAGGUUCGUUGGAUGAGAAAUGGAUGACAGAGCUAGCAUUUUCAAUGUCGGCAGGAAUGAAAGAAGACAAAAAACCAUUGGGUCUGGGGAAACCCUUAAUAAUAUGGCCAUCCGUUGAAGAUGUCAGAUGUUCGUUGGAGGGUUAUGCAGCUGGAAAUGCCAUUCCAAGCCCUUUAAAGAACGUAGAAAAAAAGUUCCUGCAGAAGUAUUGGGCAAGGUGGAAGUCAAGCCACGCAGGUCGCUGUCGGGCAAUGCCUCAUAUAAAGACGUUCAUGCGUUAUAGUGGGCAAAACAUCGCAUGGCUACUGCUCACUUCAUCAAACCUCAGCAAAGCUGCUUGGGGAGCUCUUCAAAAAAACAAUUCUCAACUGAUGAUCCGUUCAUAUGAGCUAGGGGUGCUGUUUUUACCUUUCGCCAGGAAAUGUGAAUACAGCUUCUCUUGUACAGAUGAUGGACUUCCUCCGAAGGAUGAAUUGGCAUCUUCACUAAGUUUGGAAAUGAAACCAACAAAACUAGUCUCCCUAGUUUGGAAAGGAGAGGAGAAUGAAGAAUGUGGUGAAGUUAUUCGAUUGCCUGUUCCUUACGAACUUCCUCCAAGGCCAUACUCAUCUGGAGAUACACCAUGGUCCUGGGACCGUCGGUAUACAGAGAAGGAUGUGUAUGGUCAAGUUUGGCCCAGGCAGGUAGAGCUGUAUACCUCUCAAGCUCUCUGAUAUAUAUGCUCUUCUUUGUUGACAUGAUUCUCUAGAACAGUCCGUCGACAUUGUUAGGUUAUGGUUAGUGUAUAAUGUUCAAAUUCUUUGAUCAAAUUUCACCAUCUUCUUUGCGUCGGUUGUCGACUGUAGUCUCAGUUAUUGAAAUCAAGAGAAAAAAUUAGCUCA